AGUGACCCCCAGCAUCUGUACAGCCGGGCCAGGGAGGAGAGAAAGUCCGGGAGCGCGCACUACAUCGCCGUGUGCAGACACUCCGAGCAGAGAUGGCAGUCUCUUCUCUUUCUAGAUCAAGCCUUUGUCACCUUGGCAACAAAUGAUACCUAUGUGAAAGGUGCGCUUGUACUGGGAUCUUCUCUCUGGAGAAACCAUACUACAAGAAAGCUAUGUGUGCUUAUAACUCCUCAGGUCUCAGAGUCCAUGAGAAAUGUGCUCAACAAAGUUUAUGAUGUUGUUCAAGUGGUGGAUGUCUUGGACAGUGAGGACUCUGCACACCUAGCUUUAAUGGAACGACCAGAACUUGGCAUCACAUUAACAAAACUUCAUUGUUGGACACUGACGCAAUAUACAAAAUGUGUGUUUAUGGAUGCAGACACAAUGGUUUUGACAAAUGUUGAUGACUUGUUUGACCGUGAAGAGCUGUCUGCUGCACCGGACCCAGGCUGGCCUGACUGCUUUAAACUCUGGAGUGUUUGUAUAUCGGCCAUCAAUUGAGACUUACAACCAGUUGAUAGAGUUGGCAAGCGAAAAAGGCAGCUUUGAUGGUGGGGGACCAGGGUUUGUUGAACACCUUCUUCAACACAUGGGCAACAAAAGAUAUACAAAAGCAUCUACCUUUUCUAUACAACUUAAGCAGUGUCUCUAUAUACUCCUAUCUGCCAGCAUUUAAAGCAUUUGGAGCAAAUGCCAAGGUAGUGCAUUUCCUGGGUAAAGUGAAGCCUUGGAACUAUACCUAUGACAGUAAAACAAAGACUGUGAAAGGUGAUGCACAUGACCAAACACUCAUUCACCCAGAAUUUCUACAGCUUUGGUGGGACAUGUACACGUCAAGAAUCUUACCCCUCCUUACAGAACAUGGUGUGGUCAAAGAUGUGUCAAUUGGCUUAAAAGCGGAGGAAGUUACAGAAGCAGUGUCACAGUUGUCAAUAGCAACUCCACCUCCUCAACCACCAUCUAUAUCCUCAGAAGAACGCAGAGAGAGAUGGGAACAGGGCCAGGUUGACUACAUGGGAGCAGAUUCGUAUGAAAACAUCAAGAAGAAGCUAGACUCCUAUCUACAAUAG